ACAGGAAUGAAUUUACACCAGACUGAUUAGCAGAUUCCGCCUCUUAGGAGAACGAAGGCACAGAACGCAAAGCUCUAGGAGUUUCAGAGUUUAGGUGAAGUCAAACUAAAUAAACCUGCAAGGAGUAUAGCACCAGAUACCCCUUGCUAAGUGAUCAAAAUACAUUACAUAUAUAAUAAAAAUCAGAGGGUUUGUGUUAAUUUUAAGUUUCUCCUUCCUUUUCAAGACCAUACGUUGUCACAGGUUUUAAGAAGAGGCUUCUCAGUGUUUGAACGCGCUCCUUCUAGAAUGUGAGACUUUUUACAGGUGGCUUCAACCAAAUUGUGCACAGGCAGAUACUAGGAUGCUGCUUCCCCACACAUUUGUCUGGCAUACUCUUCUAAAGCUUGGGGCAGAAGGGGAUGUGUACCCGUGCCUCUGUCGCUCUAGUUCGUAGAUUUGGUUCAUUUGUGAUGCUCUGACCUGAGAGGCCACGCGCUCCUUGGGCUGCUCCUGCAGCAGCGCUUGUUCUGGCCUAGACUAGACACGAUCAGGAGACAGAGGCUUAACCCAAAGACUGGUAAGCACGUGUUUCUUCAGUUGUGUUGUAUAGAGAGGUAGAAUUGCUUUUGCUUUGAAACAGUUAUCAUUUCAUCAUUUGCCUUACAGACCUUAACCAGGCUGUAAAUACUUAAAAUUUUUUGUUGGAAUAAGCUAUAAAAUCAACAGUAGUGCUGCUUUUGAGGGGAAAAAAAAAGAGUGGAAAAUAUCCUUAGCAAAGUCUCCUGUCCUUGCACAUAAUUGGCAAGCAAUGGACCCUGUUUCAUGAAGCGGCGUGAUGCUCAGUGCCAGCUCCUCUCUCGGUGCUGUUGUCCCCGCCGGUGGAACAGCACGCUUUGCCAGUCGCUUGCCUUGCCUUUGCUCGUCUCCCACGGCUUAGCAGAUCACAGAUGUUGCUACAACAUUACUUGGUGAUCAGACGCCUUUUAAAAUAAACCAUCUUUUCAUUUUUCGGGGUCAGAAUGAGUCCUAUGACUUGUUGUAGUUAAACUUUCGGUUAAACUGUUGUUGGAUUAAUUUCACUGGGUUAUUAUUCAAUAGCAAAAUAACUUCAAUGAAUUUUUUUAAACUUAGUGUGAAAGUGUUUUGCUCUGUUUGCUAAAGAGAAACUUAAAGAGAAGAAGAAAGACGUUCAAUUUAAUUAAAAUGGUGCUUUCACUGAUCAAAGCUAAUCUUUUCUUAAAGAGAAACGUUCUAUGAAACUUGUUUCCCUUAUGUGUGAUAAAAACCUCCUUCAUCUACUGGAGAAUAUAGGAAGAGUUAAUUCCUCACUAAACAUGAGGCUUGAAUGCCAGGGCCCAAGAGGGUUCUGUGGAGUGUCUAAUGUGUCUGAACAAGCUGCACAAUAAUAAAUUUAGCAGAGGGAUCCAGGGUCCUGAAAUGGUGGUACCAAAGGUUUCUUCCCUGGAUGACUUCACAUCCAUAAUGGUGUUUAAUAUUUGCUCACAGCUGAAUGACAUUAGGAUGUUGUGCCAUUUAUUUGAGACAUGCAGGGAUGUCUCUUGAAAAAGAAAAAAUAUUUAAGUUCCUUUGGUUAUAUAAUAUUGUGUAUACAUGGAGUUCAAGUGGUUCCACAAGUACUGCAAAAUAUUCUCUAGUGUCCAGAGCCCUGUGAUCACCAGGGAGUGUUAAGCAGGGAAGAGAGUGGAAGGAAAGCCCGGGGUAGCGGUUGGGAUUUGGGGGCUGGAAAAUGCUUAAUUUGCUGUUCUAAUGACACCCUUUGCAUCCUUCUGCACUAAGACUGGAAUUAUCUUAACAGUAAUGCCAGUAAAACACCAUUUAUAGGAACCGAUCUGCAGAAAAUACAGUAGAAGCCUGAUGAGAAUCCCCUUGAAGCAGUUGAGUCAGUGCCAUGGAUUGUUUUGUAGGUUGCAACUAGGAAAUUAUUCAGUUAUCUUCUCCUCCCCUUCUGACGCAGAGUUUGAUGCGGUCAUUGGCUAUCUGGAGGAUAUUAUAAUGGAUGAUGAUUUCCAGUUAAUACAGAGGACUUUUAUGGAGAAGCACUACCAGGAGUUCGAUGACUCAGAAGAAAACAAGCUCAUCUAUACUUCUAUUUUUAAUGAAUAUAUCUCUUUAGUAGAGAAAUACAUUGAAGAAAAAUUGCUUGAUCGGAUUCCUGGUUUUAAUAUGACUGCUUUCACAAUGUCAUUGCAACAGCACAAAGAUGAAAUGGCAGGUGAUAUAUUUGAUAUGCUCCUCACAUUCACUGACUUUCUGGCUUUCAAAGAAAUGUUCUUGGAUUACAGAGCUGAAAAAGAAGGUCGAAGUCUGGAUUUAAGCAGUGGAUUAGUGGUGACUUCAUUAAACAAAUCAUCAAUAUCCUCUUCCUAGAAGAGUUUAUGCACUACUCUCCUCCUCCAGAUGAGUGCUGCUGCUUUCAUUGGGACAUCAAAACACUAAAGGUCAUGAGAAUCAAGGUGCUUUUACGUGAUGAAACACAUUCACCCUCCAGGCUGUAUCGUUAGAGACCCGACCCUAAAAACAUCUGUUUGUGAAUUCUGGUUGGUAUUCAAUGACCACAGAAUAAGACACUUCCAGCUCUACCAGUAUUUGUACACCAGCCCAACCAUUGCACAGGCUGAGAAGCCCGGUGCGCUGAGAGGACAAUAAAAUAAGACUUUGCGCUUGUUAUUUGGGUUGACAUCUUACCGUCUUGCCAAAAUAUAGAACUUUUCAGAGUCAAGAAGACAAUGUAAAAAGAGUAUGUCCCUCUGGCUCUUGGAAGCACAGGUGUGAGUAUGUAACCUCUGAGUUCCUCCUGGUCAAUAUUUUGUUGGUUUGGGUUUGGUUUUUUUUUUAAUACCUUAAUAUGAUUGUAAGUGCUACAGCUUUCUACUGGAAGAAUGUUUUAAUAUGUAGAUGUUCUAUCAUAAGACUGUGUCUCAGCUCUGACAGUUGAAAUGUUAGUGUGUAAAUCCGUCUGCUCUCUGGCUUUUUUAAGCCUCAUCUUUAAUGUGCAAAAUUUUCCGUUCCACUUUUGCUCAGGCCCCAGCUAUUCUACAUUGGGAAAAAUAACCACAAUAAACUGAAAUCUGGCCUAUGUAUGUAGUUUCUUCCUUUCUUUUUGGCAGUGGCACAGCUGCAUUAGGUCUAGUAACAUAAGCUUGAUGGUAGGUUGGGCGCAGACAUGCUGUCCACCGUGUCAGUCACUGCACUAAGUGUCAUGCUGAUUGCAAGUCGUGGUUUUGCUGUUAAACUGUUUGCAAUGUGAGUGCAGCAGUGACUUUUUCAGCAGCUUGCUGGUGGAGCUGUGGCCACAAGCCUGUCACAAAAGCCCAGGCGCAUCUCUUGGCAGCUGGGAUUAAACUGUUUGGAGCUACAGGGACCCUCCGUUCUUGAGCUGCUCAGACACGUUAAUCUUCUGCUUAAUGAGGCGCUCAGGCAGUGCGAGUAUGUCUUUAAAAGCCUUAGAGCAGACGGAAACACGGGGUGAGGAGCAGAGCUCUCCGCUCAGUCCCACAGCGGGUUGGUGCAGCAGGGGAGAUGUCCUUCAGCAGCAAAGGUGUUAGUUGGUGGGAUGAGAACCCAGCCUAGAGAGAGAACCCGAUGAGAACCCAGCCUAGAGAGAGAACCCAAUGAGAACCCAGCCUAGAGAGAGAACCCAAUGAGAACCCAGCCUCGAGAGAGAACCCAAUGAGAACCCAGCCUAGAGAGAGAACCCAAUGAGAACCCAGCCUAGACAGAGAACCCGAUGAGAACCCAGCCUAGAGAGAGAACCCGAUGAGAACCCAGCCUAGACAGAGGAAGGUGAUGGCCAGGCCAUUGCGCAUUUUUGUUUGUGGACAACAAAUGUCCUACAAGAACAAACGAGUUGAAAUCCUGUUCCUGUUGUCAUCCAACAGUGAUUUCCACAGUACCAGGAUUUUGUUCUUCAGCCGAAAUAGUUUUUGAAUGCCAGUCAAGACUCCUGGCCACACAGACAAAAAUAAGCCAUAAUUACGCUACAAAAUACAGUAUCAUUAAACAGGUUUGUAGCCAGACCAUAGCGGCUUUUUAAAAGCUGGCUAGCAGUGCAAAAUGCGUAGCAUAUUUUGACUCUGCAGUAAUUAGUCUCAUUAAGUUUCUAGUAUGUUGUGCUCAUGGUUGUGCAGUUUUUUUGUCUGGAAUUAUUCUAGUUUGUUGAAAUCUCCCUCAUACAUGCACAAACGCAGAUACACAGAUACACUCACACGCUUCCUUCAACAAAACAAAAGAAAUAUUCCUUCAGAAUUUUUUUAACCUUCUUCCAUAAGUUUCUGUUGGUCACAUUUGAAUGAUAAAAGCCAGAAGCUGAAGCAAAAUUAAAAUUUGCAACACGUC